UCGACGAAAAGCUGUGCGCAACAGACGUGUAAUCGGCGCGUCUCUUUUAUUCUUGUCGUGCGCGUGAAAAAAAAGGUUAAAUAUAUUAUAAUUUAUACACGAAUGUACGCAAUAUAAUGUGCUUCAUAUGGAAAAUUAUACACAAAACUUACAACUGCAAUUAAAUUCAAUUAACGAACAAACCGGUUCUCAAUUUUACAAAUAUAUAACACAAUAAUAAUUAUAAUUCUGUCAAUUAAUUUCACGGCAAGUGAAAUUAGCGGCGACAGUUUAAACAAAAAUCUGCGGAAAGUUACCACAACAAAUACCAAAACUUAUAUUAUGUUUAUAUAAACUAUGUGUAUUUUAAUGGUGUGCAAAUAACAGUAAAUAAAAAUAUAAGCAAACAAAACAGCAGAAUUAUUUACACAAUAAUAAAAUAUAAGCCAGACAGACAUGGUCUAUUCCAUAAAGAACAGUGAAACUGGUGAGUUUGAGUAUUUUUAUACUGAUUCAGCACGCAUCAAGCAACCGAAAUAUGAUGAGGAGACUGGAGAACCGGUCAACGAUCAGAUGAAAGUGCGAUACCGAAAGCACGGUAAUUUUCAUGUGCCAAGGCAUUUUCUGCGUGGCACAAUCUGUGACGAGAUGGACAAUGUGCUGGCAAAUAAAUAUCAGAGGGAUUUGGAUAUUACAGCCAAGCAUUUAGUUGGCGCCGAUUCGACCCGCCGGGUCGAGUCCAAGUUGAAGAAAACAAGGCCGGGCUAUGAGCGUGAGGAUUACAUUGAAAUGGAUGGCGUUAGUAGCAACAUCAUUCUGGGCUACAAGCGCACCAACUCCUUCUUGCUCUUCCUCAUACCGACUCUCUUCUGCUGGAGUCUCGCCGUUUGGUGUGUGCUCUCAAUACUGGAGAUAAUUCUGCACAUGAUGUCACAUCGCAAGAACUCGCUAACCAUGCAGAAGGGCAUCUAUUUUAAAAGUCCACUGCACGUCCUGUCCUCACACUUUUGCGCCAUUUGUCGCUAUGAGACGGACAGCAAAUAUAAUCGCACCUUUGAUAUGUUAAACAAACAGAUGAGAAUUGCACAUCGUUCGGAAGCAUUGAAGAAUAUAACGAAAGCCAUUGCCUAAAUAGAAUUCAAAAUAACAAUUAUACAAUUAACAACUUUACACUUUAAUAAUGGUAAUAUAAAAACGAUUAUUGUUUCCAUGUUCAAUAAUAAUAAAUGCACAAAUAUAUCACUUUGA